CACGAGGGGAGGUCAGGACUGGUAGAGUCAGACUCCACUUGUCCUGAGAAGAAGCAGCAGCAGCAGCAGCAGCAGAGGGAGGAUGGCCUGUGCGUUCGGCUGAUCACAUCAGAGGGGACCAGAGUCAGGUCAUGGAGAAACUAAAGGGUCCCGCUGCGGGAUGCAGCACAGCCACCUGUGGAUGGAGAGCUCUGCUUCUCCCGCAGCUGAACCGCCAGUCCCUGUACGUGUACGGCAGCGAGAUGGCCGUGGAGCAGGAGUGCAUGAGGCAGCUGCAGAGCGGAGUCUUUGUCAUCCACCCGUUCAGCCUCAUGAGGAGUUACUACAUCAUGUGCAUGAUGGCCAUCACGUUUCUGAACCUGAUUGGGAUUCCCAUGGAGAUAGCGUUUCUGGAUGGGAACAGCGGGCUGGCAUGGGAAGGGUUUAACGUGUUUUCAGACACGCUGUUCCUGAUAGAUGUGGCUCUGAAUUUCCGUAUGGGCAUCAUAGCAGAGGACGGCGAGGAAGCUAUUCUGGAUAUCAAGCAGAUCCGAGUCAGUUACCUGAGGACGUGGUUCAUACCGGACAUCAUAGCUGCUUUCCCCAUCGGCUACAUUCUGCUGUUUGCGGACUUACAGUACCACAACAACGACAACCCCUCCAAGACCAACAAGAUGAUGAGGAUACUGAUGUUCGUCCGGAUCCUCAGCUUGAUCCGGCUGGCUCGAGUGUCCAGACUGGUCAGGUUCUUCAACGAGGUGGAGAAAGUGUCAAAUGCAAACCUGGAGGUGGUCCGCCUCUUCUUCCGCAUUUUGUCUCUGUUCAUGAUGAUCUUCCUUCUGUGUCACUGGAACGGCUGCAUCCAGUAUUUUGUCCCCAUGCUGGAGGAGUUCCCCUCCGACUGCUGGGUCCGCAAAGAAAACCUGAUGAAUGCCACUGUGAUCGUGAAGUACUCCUGGGGAGUAUUCCGAGCGCUCUCACAGAUGAUCGCCCUCUCCUAUGGCUCCAUGGAUGCACCAACAAAUUAUGUUGAAAUGUGGAUCGUCAUGGUCAGCAUGGUGUCCGGCUGUCUAAUGUACACCGUCCUCGUCGCUAACGCUACAACCAUGAUCGCCAACAUUGAUCCAGCGGCCAAGGAGUACAAGAGCAAGAUGAGCCGUUUGGAGCACUACAUGGCCUUCAUGAAGCUCCCACCAGAACUACAGCUUCGCAUCAACAACUACUACCAGGCUCGCUAUGGAGGGAAGUGGUUUCAUGAGAAGGACGUCAUGGACACGGUGUCCUCUGCGCUCAAAGAGCAAAUCCUGAUGGUGAUGUGCAGCCGGCUGCUGAGAAAAGUGCCAAUGUUUCAGAGCAGAGACGAAAACUUCAUCAACGCCGUCCUCCUCAAACUGGAGUAUGAGGUUUUCCUGGAGGGAGACGCCAUCGUCCGACAGAACGUCCCGGGUGACCGCAUGUUCUUUAUCGACCACGGCCAGGUCCUCAUGGAGACCGACUCCUACGAGAGGGAGCUUUGUGACGGAGACUUUUUUGGAGAGACAUGCGUGCUGACCAAAGGCAAACAUCUGGCCACAGUGAGGGCGCUGACCGACUGCCAGUGCUUCUCUCUCUCCUGGGACGACUUUCAGGAGACGCUGGAGGGCUUCCCAGAUGUCAAGAAGGACUUAGAAAAAAUGGUUCAGCUCAACUCAGACGGUGGACUUGUGUAAGACCAAAAACAGUACAUGGGACUUUUUUACUGUACGAAAAGGACAAGCGAUGGAAAUAUAUCCAGGACGUUUAAUGUGAUGAUGUGAUGGACAAUGAGACUGUGACUCAUGUGGACACGAAUUGGACUCUUACUCACUGAUGAGACGGACAGUUUUAGAGCAUUUCGAGGGAAUAAUUAUUCAGCAAUAAACAAAGACCUCAACACUAAAGACGGGUCAAACGUGUAAUCUCUGCUUCCUUGUUUAUGUUGCAAUAUAGCAUUGAUGUUUGGAAAGUCAGUGCACACUGUAGUGACUAAACGAGAGAGAAUACGUAAGCCUUAAAGGGAAAUUCUUGUUUCAUGCAACUUAGGUUUUGUUUUCAUUGUUUUGGCCAUCAUUCCUGUCAAUAAAAACAACGCUGUUCUCUCUAGGUAAAUUGCUAUGCUCUGGGAGCAUGGCAGCAUUGCUAAAACGAAAGUAAGACUUUCAACGAAAGGCCUUUGCACACGGAGUCCGUUUUUUUCUGAUGCAUUUUUUUUUUUUUAUCUGCCAUCUGAAAAAACCUAAGUACAGAAACCUUGCACACUGAUUCCAAUGCAUUUUAUUGUUCUAUACGAUGCGAAAAUUUGUGUGCAAAGGCUUUAACUUUACCAUGUCUCAUCUCAUCACGAAAGCAAAUACAUUAACGUUUUAAUAAACAAACACAACAUGUGCC